ACACUACUCUUUCUCAUCUUGACCCCCUCCUUUGAAGAGAGAGAAAGAAACAUCACUCAGGAAACGCACAUUUUGAGAGGUAGUCACCAUUUCCAAUUUUCAACCCUGCGAAAACAAAAAUGUACCGUCAAGCCACCACCCGGCUCCUCCGAUCCGUCAAAUCUCAGGCGUUUUCAACGUCGGCUGAAGUUCCGGCCACCGCACAAGGUGUCACAGAUUUUCUGGAAAAAUGGAAGAAAAAUGUACCAAACACGGAUCCUCCCGCAACCCCAUCUUCUUACAUGAAAACUCGUCCUUCUACACCUUCAACUAUCCCUUCUAAGCUCACUAUUAAUCUCGCUCUUCCUUACUCCACUGCUCUUUCAACUAAAGAGGUUGACAUGAUCAUAGUACCUGCAACUACUGGUCAAAUGGGUGUGCUUCCUGGUCACGUUGCCACAAUCGCAGAAUUGAAGCCCGGGAUCAUGUCAGUACAUGAAGGCAAUGAUGUGACUAAAUACUUCAUCAGCAGUGGGUUUGCAUUCAUCCAUGGAAAUUCAUAUACCGAUAUAGUCGCUGUUGAGGCUGUACCUAUUGACCAAAUUGACCCUGCUGCUGUUCAGAAGGGACUUGCAGAAUUCAAUCAAAAGCUGAGUUCUGCAUCCACUGAUUUGGAGAAAGCUGAAGCCCAAAUCGGAGUCGAUGUUCACAGUGCUCUUAAUGGUGCCCUUACUGGUUGAUAAUAUUUUGAGCUGAAAAUGAUUUUUUUUUCUUCUCCAUUUUGAUUUUGCUCUUUCAAAGGCAUGUUGAAGAAUGUUUAGGAUCCUUUUUUUACUGUGAAGCCCUAUAUGGAUGUUGCUACGUUGUCCUGGAAAGGUUAUAAUAAAUUUAUGUGAAACAAGAGCCCUGCGUGCCUUUCGUGUUGCAAACUCACAGAAAUGUUGUUUUUGAUGCUCGGUACUAUUUUUUGUUUGUGUGACCAUCUUUUGGUCUAUAGAAAAGUUGUGUAUUAUUUGACAUGUAUCCUAAAUCGCCGAGUUAUAAGCUUUGGA